UGGCAAGAGCCCCCACGAGCUCAGCCUUGGUUUCCAGGAUCCCCAGUGACAGCAGCUGCAGGAAGCUGGCGAGCGCUCCCCAGGUGCUAGGCCUGUUGUUCUCGGAGGGGAGUCCUCUGGACAAGUCCGCACGUAACUCGUAUCUCUGGGCCCCGGGUCCGUGCAUGGCGAAGUCCCCAGGGAACUCCACCCUAGAGGAGAUUCUAGGGCAAUACCAACGGAGCCUCCGGGAACGUGCCAAUAGAAGCAUUCAUCAACUGAAAUGUGCCCUGAGGGAAGGCGAUGUCACAGUUGGAGAAGAUGCACUAGAUCCUUCUUUUAGCACCAGUGCAGGAAAUGAGGACACUGGGGCUGCCUGGCAUGAACUACAACACAGCCAUGCCGUUAAUCAACUCAAAGCUUUGUUGCACCAACAAGCAGCUAAGGAAAGUGAGAUAUCUCCAUUAAGAAGACGAAAAACAUCCCCUUUGAGUUCAUCAGCAGAUGAGGAAAAUAAUGUGCCUACUUUGCACAAUCUUGUCCCUAUCAUUAAUGACCAGUCUCAAUACAUUCAUCAUUUAGAGGCAGAAGUAAAGUUCUGCAAGGAGGAACUCUCUGGGAUGAAAAAUAGAAUACAAGUAGUUGUGCUUGAAAAUGACAGGCUCCAGCAAGAGCUGAAAUCUCAAAGAGGAGAGGAGACAAUGAAAGAACAAACACUUCUGGAUACAUGUGGAAACAUGCAGAAUUCUUCGAUUACAACAGGUGAAGAUUCUGGGGUGGAUGAAGCUGCCAAGAGACCAUUGUCCCAUGGCAACACAGAUCUGAUCAAAGCUGCAUCUGCUGCUGAGGCUGAAAAAUGGAAGCUGGAACUGGAACAGCUAAAAUUUACUUACAAGGACAAGAGUGAAAUCCUGGAAUCUCAGCUGAAGUUUCUGAGGAAAGACUUAGCUGAAUAUCAGAAAAAAUGUGAAGAUCUUCAAGAGCGACUGAAGCAUAAAGAGUCUCUUCUCACUGCUAAUAUUUCUAAUCGUGUUGGUGGUCUUUGUUUGAAGUGUGCUCAGCAUGAAGCUGUUCUUUCCCAAACUCAUAACAAUGUUCAUGUACAGACCAUUGAACGACUGACUAAAGAAAGAGAUGACUUAAUGUCUGCACUAGUUUCCAUAAGGAGCAGCUUGACGGAUGUGCAGCAAAGAGAAGCAAGUGCUUAUGAGCAGGUGAAACAAGCUGUGCAAAUGACUGAGGAAGCCAAUUUUGAAAAAACCAAGGCUCUAAUCCAGUGUGAGCAGUUGAAGAAUGAGCUGAAGAGGCAGUCAGAGCGACUUGAAAAAGAACUUGCAUCUCAGCAAGAGAAAAGGGCCUUUGAGAAAGAGGUGAUGAAAAAAGAAAGAACCAAAGAGAGAGAGGACAUGGAAGCAAAGAUGAUGAUUUUGUCUCAGAAUAUUGCCCAACUGGAAGCCCAGGUGGAAAAGGUUACGAGAGAGAAGAUUUCAGCUAUUAAUCAACUAGAGGAAGUUCAAAACCAGCUCGCUUCUAGGGAAAUGGAUGUCACAAAGGUGUGUGGAGAAAUGCGCUAUCAGUUGAAUAAAACCAAAAUGGAGAAGGAUGAGGCAGAAAAGGAGCACAGAGAGUACAGAACAAAAACUAAAAGGGAACUUGAAAUUAAAGAUCAGGAAAUAGAGAAAUUGAGAUUAGAACUGAGUGAAAGCAAGCAGCAUUUGGAACAGGAGCAGCAGAAGGGAGCCGGAGCCAGAGCGGAGUGCCUGAAACUGACAGAACUGCUGGGCGAAUCUGAGCACCAACUGCACCUCAGCAGGCUGGAAAAAGAUAGCAUUCAGCAGAGCCUUAGCAACGAAGCAAAGGCCCAAGCCCUUCAGGCCCAGCAAAGAGAGCAGGAGCUGACACAGAAGAUACAGCAAAUGGAGGCCCAGCAUGACAAAACUGAAAAUGAACAGUAUUCAUUGCUGACCUCCCAGAAUACAUUUUUGACAAAGUUAAAGGAAGAGUGCUGUACAUUAGCCAAGAAACUGGAACAAAUCUCUCAAAAAAGCAGAUCUGAAAUAGCUCAGCUCAGUCAAGAAAAAAGGUAUACGUAUGACAAACUGGAAAAGUUAAGGAGAAGAAAUGACGAAUUGGAGGACCAGUGUGUCCAGCAUGGGCGAGUACAUGAGAUAAUGAAGCAAAGGCUAAAGCAGCUGGACAGGCAUAGCCAGGCCACUGCCCAGCAGCUGGUGCAGCUCCUCAACAAGCAGAACGAGCUUCUCCUGGAGAGACAGAGCCUGUCGGAGGAGGUGGCACACCUGAGAUCCCAGUUACCCAGCAUGCCUCAAUCUGAUUGCUGACCUGGAUGAAACAGAGUGAAGUCAAUGAUUUACAGAGAUAUUUACAGACAUCUGCUUUUAAUAUGCCACAGUCCACCACAACCAUUCCAGUGUGACGUGCCUCUGACUGCGGUGGUGCUGGUGCCACGGCCGCCACGUGGCCUCCGAGUGCUGCCUGCACUACGUACAGAAGGGCUGGGGCUGAAGGUCGAUACUCGAUGAUGAGCGCUAGCUCCUUGUGUACGUUUUCAGAAAUGAUCUGCAGUUUAUGAUGCCCAUUUGUAUGCUGUUACACGUAUGAAUUUCAAUAAAUUUUUUAAAGACUUGAAUUAUGUUUUCUUUUUAUCUUGGAGUGAUAAUAACAGGACACACCAAAAAGGCACACAGUUUACUUAGACCAAAGUGUAGUAAGGACCAAAUCAAGUUUUUUCCUGCCAUUGAUUUUGCUUCCCUUUUCGUGAUCUAUUAUCCUCCUCCAACUUUAUCUGCCUCUCAUCAACAUCCCAUACUCCAUUGUUAUUAUCCUACUAGGAUGUGCACAGUAAGGAGACACUGGGGAGCACCAGGGAUUAUUCUCUCCACUCCAUCAACAAAAAAAAAAUUUUAAAAAGAGCAUCAUCUUUGGCUCUGUGGUGUCGGAUUUCUUCUUCAAUAUGCAGUAUUCGAGAAGAGCCUAAAAACAUGUACUUAAUGAAAUUAGAAAAUUUACUUAAGUAUCUCAAGUAUCUGUACAAAGAUCGUAUUUUAGUUUAAAACAGUAUUUCUCCUAUAUGGAGUUAAGCCCAGAAAUGCCUUAAAGGAAUAAAAAUGGACACUGAAAAUGCUGUGUUGUCUUUGAGCAUGACAAUAGAAGACUAAAGGCAAGGCUGUCAUUGGGACACGUCACUGACCGCAGGCGACUGUCCCUGGCCAGCGAUCUGUCAUCAGCAGCAGCAGUAUUAUUAUUUCGACAUAGAUCUGAUGUGACCAUAUGCUCAAGCUUGCCUCUCAAAAUCCACGUGGCUUAGGCUCAGGAGGUGGUGGCAUGAUAACACAGAGCCCAUCUGAGUCUCCAGAGCAUGGAAAACGUUCAAGCCUGAAACAGGAGAACUCUACAGAUUCAGAAGUUUUUGACUUCAUCAAAUGUGCCAGACAUAAAGACUGUCACAUAAGAUAUUUUAAUUGUCCUUAAUUCUGCUCUAGGAAUACUGUGAAUAAAUUAUACAAUAUUCUAAAAAUAGCACCUUUGAAGAACUGUAGAGGUCACUUUAUUUUAGCCUCCUGGAACUGUCCCCCCAGUGGUUCUGAGAGAACAGCACAUGAAGAACGACCUCAGGUCUGGCUGCCUGACACACACACGCCUGGCUAAGUCGGGUCCUGAAAGCCAUUUCUUCGCCUGCCUUCAUCACAGGAGUGAAGCCAAGUUUCUAAAAUAGUAGGUUACAUUGGUAUAUGAGGUACAAUCAGAAAAAGGCCCCAUCCAAAAGGAUUCUAGGUCAGCUUGUAGUGCACUCAUCAUACUCAUCUAUUCCCCAUGUCUCAGUUUGUCAAUUUGCCAUCAAGUUUUUAAAAUACACUCGAAGGAAGGAAGUGUGCAGAGCAGUACAUUAUCAGGAAGACGUUACUGAUGAGCUAUACUCCUUAAGAAUUCUGGUCCAAACCAUCUGAUGGGAGGAUUACUCGGGUCUGAACAAAUCUUCAACAAGACCUGUUCCCCACCCCGGCUUCACAGAUCUGCCCUGAACCCAGUGUGGAGGGGUCAACGUUCGUACCACCACACUAGUGCCAUGUCACUGAAGUAAUAAAACAAUCCCGGGUGUGUGUUUAGAGCAACAAGGAAUUUACGUAUUUUCAUAUCAUUUGACAGAGGGUGGGUUAAUAACCAGGUCAGG